AUGGUUGUUUCUGUGGAAGGCGCGAAAGCAUUCGAGACAUCCGUGUGGCAUUGGGUGCCAAAUGCAGCAGACACCGGUGCGGCCGGUGAGCCAGAUCCAUCUGUCAUCCCCGCCGAUGUACCUCAUGGUCCAGACGAAGAUUGUCCAUACACUUCCGUUGUCCUAGCACGUCAUCUAUGCCCGAAGGAUCGAGAUCGAGUCCUGUCAGUCAUACUCGAUCAUUGCGACAAAAGCAACAUCGUGCGUAUUGCAACGACCUUCCCGUCUCACAGCAUUCUCGAGAGCUUUCUUCGCACUGCUCUUCACCAUCAAGCCGUCCGCUCUCCAACUGCGUGGAUACACGUCCCGACUUUCUCAACAAAGACGGCGCGAGAUUGUCUGCUUUGUGCACUUAUCGCUUGCGGUGCAUUCAUGAGUCCUGUCCCAGCAGCUCAAACCAUGGGUGCAGCAAUGCCUGAACUAAUCCUGGCGUUCGUUAACGCUUUGUGGGCGCAAAAUAAUGCUCUGACACGGGAUCUCCAAGUAUGCCAAACUUAUGCACUCAUUCAGCAUAUCAUGUUCUGGAGUGGCAGUAAGCGCAGGAUGGAGAUUGCGGAAAGCACACAGCAGCCACUGGUCACAAUCAUACGACGGUCCGGCAUGCUGGCUGUAGAGCGCGGAGAUGACCUUACUCCACCCACGUUUACUGAUGGUCCAGAUGAGCUGGACAGGAAGUGGCGAGAAUGGGCGCAACGAGAGUCGCGUAUCAGGCUGGUUCACCACACCUUCGUUCAUAAUGCCCAAAUUUCGAUGACUCAAUUCGUCAACCCCCUGAUGACUUGCAGUGAGAUGGACCUGCCGCUGCCAGCGAACGAGAGUCUAUGGUCUGCUGCAACACCAGAGGAAUGGAGGGCGUGCUGGCAUGCUUCGGGUCAGAGUAGCCACGAGCCUAGCUCGCAGGUGUCCGCGUCGGGCUUUGUGCGCCAGGCGCUUUUGGACGCGCAUUGUGGCCAGGCGUACGCCGAGCAAAGGCGGCCACGGUCUGCGCUAGCACCAGCAUACGCAAUUUACGGCCUAUGGGACUCGAUAUGGACCUACAGCGUCGGCACAACCUGGCUAUGCUGGGAUAAUCUACAGUUCCAAGCGGCUCCGUUAGGACUAUCUCCUCGUCAAGAGCUCCUCGUAAAGGUCUUGGAAGACUUUGGGCCCCAGGAUACUUUUCCGACGGCCCGGAACAUUGCGCGCCUGGGACAGCCGGUCGGCUUGGAGAAACAUCCACAUGAAACAAUAAUCUUAAUCCAUCACAUGUGCCUAUUCCUUUUUGCACCACUCAAGGAUAUGCCGGUUUUUGCGGGCAAGGAUGGUGCCCUCGGAGCACAUCGUGUUCACCCGCGUCUGCAGGAGUGGACGCAGACACCUGCUGCUCGCCGCUCGCUGUGGCAUGCAACGCAGAUAUUUCGCCAUGUUCGCCUACUAAGACGUGCGCAAAUUCAGAACGCUGUAAUUGUCGCUCUGUAUCAGGCCAGUUUGACUCUUUGGACGUUCGGCAUUGUCGCUGGCGCUGCGAAACUUAAAGCCGUUCGCUCGGGCGUGGAUGACACUACGACUUUGACUGGUCCAAGAGGAAAGGAAUUUCGACUGGAUGGAGAGAUGUCUUCACAAGUGGAAAGUUUUGUUGCUCUUGGUACGGGUUCGCCGACUAUAUCGACUGUGCGAAGAGGUCGCGAUACUGUUAUACCAGUACUCUACAGUCCUGGCGCAAUGAUGGACGCUGCCGUACAUCUGUGCACACCUUCGCCUACCCAACAUUCUGCGCACACUGCUCCUAGCUUUACCCGCAUCGUAACAGGUUUGAUGGAAGAUUUAUCGAAAGCAGCUUUGGGCGUUGGCUUCGCUUGA